AUGUCCAUCUCAGAAGGCUGGUUCAGCAUUCUAUACAUGUCCAUCUCAGAAGGCUGGUUCAGCAUUCCAUCCAUGUCCAUCUCAGAAGGCUGGUUCAGCAUUCUAUACAUGUCCAUCUCAGAAGACCGUUACAGCAUUCCAUCCAUGUCCAUCUCAGAAGGCCGUUACAGCAUUCCAUCCAUGUCCAUCUCAGAAGGCCGUUACAGUAUUCCAUACAUGUCCACCUCAGAAGGCCGUUACAGCAUUCCAUCCAUGUCCAUCACAGAAGGCCGUUACAGCAUUCCACCCAUGUCCAUCUCAGAAGGCUGGUUCAGCAUUCUAUAUAUGUCCAUCUCAGAAGGCUGGUUCAGCAUUCCAUCCAUGUCCAUCUCAGAAGGCUGGUUCAGCAUUCUAUACAUGUCCAUCUCAGAAGACCGUUACAGCAUUCCAUCCAUGUCCAUCUCAGAAGGCCGUUACAGCAUUCCAUCCAUGUCCAUCUCAGAAGGCCGUUACAGCAUUCCAUCCAUGUCCAUCUCAGAAGGCCGUUACAGCAUUCCAUCCAUGUCCAUCACAGAAGGCCGUUACAGCAUUCCAUCCAUGUCCAUCUCAGAAGGCCGUUACAGUAUUCCAUCCAUGUCCAUCACAGAAGGCCGUUACAGCAUUCCAUCCAUGCCCAUCUCAAAAGGCCGUUACAGCAUUCCAUCCAUGUCCAUCACAGAAGGCCGUUACAGCAUUCCAUCCAUGUCAAUCUCAGAAGGCCGUUACAGCAUUCCAUCCAUGUCCACCUCAGAAGGCCGUUACAGCAUUCCAUCCAUGUCCACCUCAGAAGGCCGUUACAGCAUUCCAUCCAUGUCCACCUCAGAAGGCCGUUACAGCAUUCCAUACAUGUCCACCUCUGAAGGCCGUUACAGCAUUCCAUCCAUGUCCACCUCAGAAGGCCGUUACAGCAUUCCAUACAUGUCCACCUCAGAAGGCCGUUACAGCAUUCCAUCCAUGUCCACCUCAGAAGGCCGUUACAGCAUUCCAUCCAUGUCCAUCUCAGAAGGCCGUUACAGCAUUCCAUCCAUGUCCAUCUCAGAAGGCCGUUACAGCAUUCCAUCCAUGUCCAUCUCAGAAGGCCGUUACAGCAUUCCAUCCAUGUCCAUCUCAGAAGGCCGUUACAGCAUUCCAUCCAUGUCCAUCUCAGAAGGCCGUUACAGCAUUCCAUCCAUGUCCAUCACAGAAGGCCGUUACAGCAUUCCAUCCAUGUCCAUCUCAGAAGGCCGUUACAGCAUUCCAUACAUGUCCAUGACAGAAGGCCGUUACAGCAUUCCAUCCAUGUCCAUCUCAGAAGGCCGUUACAGCAUUCCAUACAUGUCCAUCUCAGAAGGCCGUUACAGCAUUCCAUCCAUGUCCAUCUCAGAAGGCCGUUACAGCAUUCCAUCCAUGUCCAUCUCAGAAGGCCGUUACAGCAUUCCAUCCAUGUCCAUCUCAGAAGGCCGUUACAGCAUUCCAUCCAUGUCCAUCUCAGAAGGCCGUUACAGCAUUCCAUCCAUGUCCAUCUCAGAAGGCCGUUACAGCAUUCCAUCCAUGUCCAUCACAGAAGGCCGUUACAGCAUUCCAUCCAUGUCCAUCUCAGAAGGCCGUUACAGCAUUCCAUCCAUGUCCAUCUCAGAAGGCCGUUACAGUAUUCCAUCCAUGUCCAUCUCAGAAUGCCGUUACAGCAUUCCAUCCAUGUCCAUCUCAGAAUGCCGUUACAGCAUUCCAUCCAUGUCCAUCUCAGAAUGCCGUUACAGCAUUCCAUCCAUGUCCAUCUCAGAAGGCCGUUACAGCAUUCCAUCCAUGUCCAUCUCAGAAGGCCGUUACAGCAUUCCAUCCAUGUCCAUCUCAGAAGGCCGUUACAGCAUUCCAUCCAUGUCCAUCUCAGAAGGCCGUUACAGCAUUCCAUACAUGUCCAUCUCAGAAGGCCGUUACAGCAUUCCAUACAUGUCCAUCUCAGAAGGCCGUUACAGCAUUCCAUCCAUGCCCAUCUCAGAAGGCCGUUACAGCAUUCCAUCCAUGUCCAUCUCAGAAGGCCGUUACAGCAUUCCAUCCAUGUCCAUCACAGAAGGCCGUUACAGCAUUCCAUCCAUGUCAAUCUCAGAAGGCCGUUACAGCAUUCCAUCCAUGUCCAUCACAGAAGGCCGUUACAGCAUUCCAUACAUGUCCACCUCAGAAGGCCGUUACAGCAUUCCAUCCAUGUCCACCUCAGAAGGCCGUUACAGCAUUCCAUCCAUGUCCACCUCAGAAGGCCGUUACAACAUUCCAUACAUGUCCACCUCAGAAGGCCGUUACAACAUUCCAUACAUGUCCACAUCAGAAGGCCGUUACAACAUUCCAUACAUGUCCACCUCAGAAGGCCGUUACAACAUUCCAUACAUGUCCACCUCAGAAGGCCGUUACAGCAUUCCAUACAUGUCCACCUCUUUUUCAGAACGCAUACUCUUAUUCUGUUUGUGCAGUUUUCCAUUCAUAGAUUCAUUCCGUCUGUCAUCUUCAGAUGUACAUAACGUUUAA